GGAUACGACUGAGCCCAUCCAGUCUUCGCCUUAUACAUCAUGGCCAAGGACAAGUCGGAAAAAAAGGACAAGAAAAAGAAGGAGGAAAAGGAGGUUGAUGAGGCCCCAGAGGCAGCAGUAGAUGUUGACAUGGGUGAUGUCGAAACUGAGUCCCCUAAAAAGUCGAAAAAAGAAAAAGAGGAAAUAACGAUACCACUAGAAGAUCUAUCUCCUCUUGCCCAGCCAUUGGCACAAAAGAAGCUACCAAAAAAGCUACAUAAAGUCAUAAGAAAAGCGUCAAAAGCCAGACAGGUUAAAAGAGGUGUCAAAGAGGUGGUAAAAGGCAUCCGUAAGGGAGAGAAAGGACUACUAGUGCUGGCAGCAGAUAUCAAUCCCAUUGAUAUAAUAUCCCAUUUACCUCUGAUGGCAGAGGAGGCGCAAAUCCCAUAUGUCUUUGUGACAUCAAAAGAGGAACUCGGUCAUGCCAGUUCAACCAAACGACCGACAAGUUGUGUGAUGAUAUGUCCGAAUCAAAAACGAAAGGCACCGAAGAAGGAUGCUGAUGGGAAGGUUGACAAGGACGAUGACUAUCGGGAAUUGUACGAUGAAUGUCAUCGGGAGGUGCAGAAACUUGAUCAGAAGGUUGUAUUCUAGCGUUCCCUCACGGACCUCCUCCACAACGCAUGUAAUUUAUGGCCUCUAUAAUAUUUUCCAUGGGCACCCAUCAUGAUAAGCACAUCUGUAAGUAUGCCGCUGUAACAUAGCUGCAGAACAGACGUAAAAAAAUUCCCGUGGUCGGAAGUGAACGGGCGAGUGGGGAUGAAUCUCGGACUCUUAAUACGUGGUCAGACAACCUUUGCUUUCACACGAUUUGUACAUUUCCUCCAGCACAAGCCUCCCGCUCCUUGCCAGGUUUUACCGUAUUAUUCUGACAUGCCUGCUGCAAAAACAAAGUCUGCUUCUGCCAACGGCGCGUCCAAAGCCAAGGGCACCAAAACAACCCCUUCGAGCACAGGAACGUCGACGCCAGUCGUGUCAAAAAUUGGCGGAGACCAGGAACAGGCUUUGGCCUCCGUGUCCACCUCGGCGAAACCUGACAAGGCUGUAUACGAUGCAGAGCAAGAGAAAAUCAAAGCAGACAUCGAUGCCUUGCAAGCAAAACUAUCCGCUGUCAAGGAAAAAAUAUCUUUAGCCACGAAGGCUGGCCCUGGGAAUGACAGGCGCAAUGUGCUUCGUGCUGAAUUAGAUAGCAUUCGUGGUCAGCAGUCCAACAACAAGAACUCGAGAGGUAAAACUUUGGACCAAU